AUGAGCAGCCUAGUGAGAUUCCUUUUAUUGAGUGUGCUCUGCACCGCCCUGACCAGGGGGCAUGAUGGCGGACAGGAGACGACCAGUGAGGCAGCGUCUGCCACGGAAGCGGCCCGGGGGCUGGCGAGUAGCUACGAGCCGGAGGACAAGCAGUCCCUGAGGAAGAACUCUCACAUCUUCAUGGGCAUUUACAAGAACUACAAGAGCACCUAUCUGGGCAACAAGACGACCAGUGAGUACAAAAAGCGUCUGAGGGACCGCGUGGGUGCUUCCCAGAUAGCCAACAACGAGGCUGCCGAAGGCCCAGAGCCACAGAGCGACCAGGAGCAGCUGGAGGCUGCAGAUGUCCUGGCCCAGGAGCUGCGCCAGGAAGCCAAUGCCGAGGCCCUGCUCGAGGCCCAAACCGGGGCGCCCAUCUACGAUGACAACGAGACGUCAGCGGGCAAGAAGAGACGUAAACGCAAGCGCAAGGAUCGCAACAAGAGGCGUGAGGAAUCAGGUGCAGCAGAGACGGGGACAGCGACAGGGACAGGGACAGAGCAGCCCGAUCUGCAGUCUGAGGAUGAAACCAUACAACGCUACUUUGUGGGCCCUGGCCUCAAUGUCAGCCUGGACAUGAGCAAUGAUAUCGUGCACGUGAAGCUGGAUGGCGAGAACCUCAAGGAGAUCAUGGCAGCUCGUUGGCUGACCACGGAUAACAGCGAAGAAGGUCGCGGCAAGAAGUACGACAUGAUUACCAAAGUGCUGCCCCUCUUCAUCCUGCCCUUCCUCAUCCAGUCCGCUAUUGUGCCGUUCCUGGUGACGAAGCUUAAGCUGCUGCUGGUCAAGUCAAUCCUGGUGGGCAAACUGGCCAUCUUCCUUCUCAUAAUCUCGGCCAUCAAGAACGGCAACAAGAUGGUCCAGAGCUACGAGGUCCCGUCCUACUGGGCCGGCGAGCCGAGUCGGAGAUCCGAGCUGGCAGCUGCCGCCUCCUCAGCAGCCGCCGCCUACAACGGAUAUCGGGUGGAGGGCAAGCCGACCACUUGGAUUAGCUAAGAAGCACCGGGCAGUUAGUACAACAAUCUCAAAAUGCAUUAAGAUUCGAUUUUAGGUUGUAGGUCCUUUGGAAUAAACAUAUAGACA